UUAAAAAUGCUGCAGUAGCAGCUCUUGUCUUUUCUGGCUCUCCUUGCUCUCUCCUUUUCUCUUCCAGAAACAUGGUCUCUGGUGUGGCUGUGUCUGAUGGGGCCAUCAAAGCGUUCAAUGACAUGAAGGUGCAUAAGUCGUCGACACCAGAGGAGGAGAAGAAGCGCAAGAAGGCGGUGCUCUUCUGCCUGAGCGAGGACAAGAAGAACAUCAUCCUGGAGGAGAGCAAGGAGACUCUAGACGACCCCUACGCCACCUUUGUCAAGAGGCUGCCAGACAAGGACUGCAACGAAGACCCAAUCUUAAAGAAAAAGGACCUGAGCAUUCUCAGUACCUUUUCCGAUCUUUAUCUUCAGGAGGGCCAUCUCCAUGUAGUCAAAUACUGA